AGCAAAAAAGAAAUCGCUAAUUCCCAUAAGUCCUACUAUAUAAAUAGCUCCUCCCCUCCUUUCAGCUUUCCAUCUCACUACCUCCAUCACACUCACUCACUCACUCUCUUUCAGUCUUUCUUUCUCCUUCCCCUUCACCACCCACAACAAUGGCGUCCGCCGGAGCUUCAGCACUUCUUCUAUCACUCUCCUCACUCCUCGUCCUCCUCUCCUCCGCCUUCUCCGAACCCCUCUUCUCCUCCUCCGCCGCCACCCCAGCCCACCCGCCGUCUCACCACCACCACCACCACGCCCACGCGCCAGCACCUUCCCCCUACCCUCACCACCACCACCACCACCACACUCACGCGCCUACCACUUCUCCCACUGCCGCUCCUACUCACGCUCCAUCCCACUCCCCGCUCCACGCGCCGCCCACCCACUCCCCCGCACCCGCCCCAGCAAAACACCACCACCACCACGCUCACGCUCCGUCGCAGGCCCCAACUCCACACCACUCGCUCCCUCCACACCACGCGCCGGUCUCACCUCCCGCCGCCGCUCCUUCCCCGGCCAAUGCCCACCCGCCGCGCCGCUUCCCCUUCGAGAGGCUCCUCGUCGCCGUCCAGGGCGUCGUCUACUGCAAGCCCUGCAACUACUCCGGCGUCGACACCCUCAACGGCGCCACUCCAGUCCUCGGGGCUACAGUGAAGCUGACGUGUAACAACAGCCACGUGCCACAGGUCUUCAAUGCCACGACGGACAAGAACGGCUACUUCAGGGUCAAAGCGCCGAAGACCGUGACCAACUACGGGGUCCACAAGUGCCACGGUGUCCUGGGCUCGACGCCGGACAAGGCCUGCGCCGUGAAGUCGAACCUCCACGGCGGAUCUACCGGCGGGUACCUCCGGGUGGACAAGAAGUUCGUGGAGCUGAACCAGACCUACGUGCUCUUCACCGUUGGGCCCUUCGCCUUCGAGCCGCCCAAGUGCCACUAAAGCCCAGAGAGAGAAGAAAGCCCAUUUAGUUUACGGGGUCGGUUGACUGCAUGUAGUAGUUCGGUUGGUUUGAUUUGGGAGUCGGUUGGUUGAUAAAGUAUGUACCGGUUUGAUUGGAUGUCUCUCUUUUAGAUGUUUUGUUUGUGGGCUACUACUGAGUACUGUACCUCUACCGUUAAUUAAAGCCGGAUCGAUUGGCUACCUUUGUUCCAUAUCUCAGCGUGCAUUGUGGUUUGUGGAUGGUUGUCGAACUAUGUUAGCUUACAAUCGCGAGCAAUCUCAACCAUUAGAUAGAUGCGCACGUAACAACGUUUUAUCGAUAACGUUGAUGUGUACUAUUCGUC